UAUUAUGGCAUUGUAAUGGCAUUUUAAGAUUAAUAGUGUUAUUAUAAGCAUGCAUAUGCUAAUUGUUUGAAUGUCACGUGUUCUGUUUUUAGGUUUAUGGAAUCAAUUAAACAAGAUGGUCAACGCUUUCCAAACGAUAGUUUACAUGGAUCCCUCCUCAGCGUGGCAGGCUGGAGUGGAGUGGAGUAGGUUGGGAUGCUCCAUAGAUAGGAGAUGGGCGGAGAUGAUAGGGGAGGGCCUGAAUCCAUCUCUCUCCUCCCUGUGACGUCGCUCGGUCUCGUCCCGGGGUGCGCUGCUCUCCGGUCCCGUCUCAGCAGAAACCACUUUAGUUGCUGCUUCAACCGUCCACAUAACCUGCGGUCGACGCGCGCGGUGCUGUGCGGCAAGGUGCUUUGCGGGCACCCGGUGUCCUUCUACUCCACGCUGCCUGUCUUGUCCCACAUAUCAGUGAAGUGUUUCCACAUUCUGCUGAAAGAGAGAGGAGAGAACCUCAGGCGUUGAGUAAAAGGGAGAAGGCGGAAAGGAGAAGGAAAUAAAGAGAGAAAGAGAGAGAGGAAAAAGAGAGUAAGAAAGAUAGAAAGAAAGACAGACAGACAGAAAUAAAGAAGAGAAAAGAGAAGAGGAAAGAGGUCGCCGUAGUCCCUCUCCUUCCCGGGGCUGAAUCUCCACCGAGAAGAUGCUGAGAAUAGCCGGCGUGUUGGCUGUAGUGGCUCUGGGGUUGAGCGCUGCUCACACCAAAGUGAAUAAGCAUAAGCCAUGGAUUGAGACAUCGUACCAUGGAGUGAUCACUGAAAACACUGACAUCGUUCUGCUAGAUCCUCCUCUGGUGGCCCUGGACAAAGACGCCCCCAUCCCUUAUGCAGGGGAGAUCUGUGCAUUCAACAUCCACGGACUGGAUGCUCCGUUUGAAGCAGUGGUGCUGAACGGUACGUCGGGUGAGGGCCAGAUGAGGGCCCGUGGCCUGGUGGACUGCGAGCUGCAAAAGGAAUACACCUUCAUCAUUCAGGCUCACGACUGCGGUUCUGGCCCCAGAGGCACAGAGGGCAAAAAGUCCCACAAGGCGGUGGUGCACAUUCAGGUCAACGAUGUGAAUGAGUUUGCCCCAGUAUUUCGGGAGCCCCAGUACCAGGCCGCAGUGACAGAGGGCAAGAUUUACGACAGCAUCCUGCAGGUGGAGGCCACUGAUCAGGACUGCUCCCCACAGUACAGCCAGAUCUGUAACUACCAGAUCACCACCACCAACACACCCUUCGCUAUAGAUCGCAACGGUAACAUCCGGAACACAGAGAAGCUGAGCUACGACCGCCAGCAGCAGUACGAGAUCCAGGUGACGGCCUGGGACUGCGGCCAGAAGAGAGCCUUGCACAGCGUACCUGUCCGCAUUGAUGUCAAGCCUGUCUGCAAACCUGGCUGGCAAGGUUGGAAUAAAAGAGUGGACUAUGAGCCAGGAACAGGAAGUAAGCAGCUGUUUCCUAAGAUGCACCUGGAGACCUGUGGUGGGCCACUGUCAUCGGUGAGGACCACAGUGGAGCUGCAGACCAGCCACAUCGGGAAAGGCUGCGACCGUGAGACCUACUCCGAGAAAUCUCUACAGAAACUCUGUGGGGCCUCCUCAGGCAGCACUGACCUUCUCCCUGCCCCCAGCACUGCCACCAACUGGACAGCUUCCCUGGUAACUGACAGCGGCAGGGACAGUGAUUUGAUCUUCAGGUUUGACGGUCGUCAGGCGGCUAAAAUCCCUGACUGGGUUGUACCCCAGAAUCUGACAGACCAGUUCACAAUAGCAACUUGGAUGAAGCACGGACCCAGUCCUGGGCUCAGAGCUGAGAAGGAGACACUACUCUGUAACUCCGACAAGACUGAGAUGAACCGUCAUCACUACUCGCUGUAUGUCCAUAAUUGCCGCCUGGUAUUCCUGCUGAGGAGAGACUUCACCCAGGUGGACACCUUCAGACCAGCAGAGUUCCACUGGAAACUGGAGCAGAUUUGUGACAAGGAGUGGCAUUACUACGUCAUCAAUGUAGAGUUCCCAGGGGUGACGCUCUAUGUGGACGGUGUGACCUAUGACCCCUACCUGGUCACUGACGACUGGCCCAUCCAUCCCUCACAGAUUGAUGUGCAGCUCACAGUCGGUGCUUGUUGGCAAGGUGGGGAAGUGACCAAGUCGCGGUUUACUCAGUACUUCCGGGGCAGCCUAUCUGGACUGACCGUCCGACCGGGGAAGAUUGAGAGUCAGAAAGUCAUUUCCUGUCUGCAAGCCUGCAAAGAGGGACUGGACAUCAACUCUCUCGAGAGUCUGGAUAAGAGCAUAAAGUUCCACUUCAACCCAGCCCAGUCUAUCUUGGUAAUGGAAGGAGAGGACUUGGAAAACAUGAACGCUGCUGUGAGGAAAGUUUCCUACAUAAACUCUCGCCAGUUUCCCACACCAGGCAUCCGACGUCUGCACAUUUCUACUGUCGUCCAGUGUUUUGGUGAAGACACUUGUAUCACCAUACCAGGCAUCGAUGCAGUGGUGAUGGUUUUGCAGCCCAGUGAGCCCAGGAUAACCAUCUCCGGAGUGGAGAGACUGAUACAGCCGGCCUCCGACCUCAGAGCGCCAGGAGGCAUAGCUCUGUUCCAGGACCUCCACAUCAUCAGCACAGUCACCAGGGCGGACGCCACCGCACAUCACACAGCACGUGGACCCGGGGUGAUGGAGGAGAUUAUUCAUAAUUUGGACUACUGUGAUGUGCUGGUGUUGGGCGAGGAGCUGAGGCCGGAGCAGGAGUCCCUCCAACUGCAGCGCAGCACUAUGCUCGGAAAACACCUCGACGCCACUAACUCCACCUCUGGCAUGUCCAUAUAUGGUGUGGACUCCAUGUCCAACUAUGAACAGGUUAUCCGACAGGUGCGUUACUAUAACUGGCAGCCCGAACAACUAGCAGAGAGAAGGUUUCGCCUCACCUGCUCGGAGCUCAACGGACGCUACACCAGCAAUGAGUUCAACCUUGAGGUGAGCGUACUGCACAGUUCAGAAGCUGGGGAACAUGUCAGUCACAUGGUAGCUCCGCCUCAGUACAUGCAGGUGGUCCACCAUCCGUCCAUGAUUCAUGAGCUGUACCCCAGCCACAGCUCAGGCGUGCCAAGCGCUGCCACCGUGGUUAUCGUGAUGUGUAUCGCUGCUCUGGUGGUGGUUGUGGUGCUGGGCAUCUAUCGCAUCCACCUGACCCACCAGCAGGAGGUCAAGAUGGCAGAGACAGCUAAAGAGGCGGACGUGACCUGGGACGACUCGGCUCUGACGAUCACGGUCAACCCAAUGGAGAACUUGGAGGAGCCCCAGGCUGCAGAGGAGGAAGCCAGCGAGGAGGAGGAGGAAGAAGAAGAAGAAGAGGAGGAGGAGGAAGACGACGAAGAGGAGGAGGAUGACAUCACCAGCGCUGAGUCAGACGACAGCGAGGAGGAAGUGGACGUCCAGCUACCCAGGAUGCAGUGCCAGAACAAGAAGUCCCACAACUGGGACAAAACAACAAUAUCUUAUUGAAACGCACAGUCACAAACACACACACACACACACAAGCACUCACACACACACGCGCACACACACUCUGCAACACGUCCAUACUGAAACCUCAAUUCUGAUGGUGGAAACAAAAAGACUUCAUGUGAUGUUGAUGCUCAAAAAAUGAGGUAAUAUCUCCCCCUACUGGAAGACUACACUGAAGUACACACACAAACACACCGUGCAAUGAUUUAACCUUAGCCUUGUCAGAAAACCUCCCGUUUUAUACAGCUGAUAAGAAAAAUGACACUAAAACUGCUCGUCAAUCAAAUGACAUUCAUCCUUCUUAAAAGAGACAGCUCGCCAAAUUUCGGUCAUCCCCUGAGAGCUGCUUUUCCUCGAAUGAUCUCUUUACAGUCUACACCACCAAUAUGGUCUUUAGUGAAAUGAAGUUGUUCGAAUCCCAUUUUGUCGGUUAAACCCAUGCACCAUCUAUCUCCCACAGUGAGAUUUCUGAUGUCCCAUGAAAAUGCAAAACAGUCUUUAUUCAACAAAACUGAGUUGCAAAAGUAAAGAAUCUGACUAUUCUUUGGUUUGUAUCCUUCAUGUUAUUUAUCAGUCUUUAUUCUAGCCUAAGUGGCAAAGCCAGGUGAUUUUACAGAAAUAGCAUAUUUUCAAAAACAAAACAAAAAAGAUCUGUAUGUAGUCAUGUUGAUCUAGCUGAGGUGUUCUGGGUUUUUAGGAAAGACAGAGGAGUCUCCUUGUACAUUUUUAUACGCUCCUUUCUUGUAAAUACUGAGUAUAGUCGGUGACCCCCUCCUACCCCACUCCCUAACACCACUUUCUCCUCCCAGAAACCCUCCUCUGCACCUGGACACAACACACAAGCCACCUCUUCAUAUGUAUGUACACACCCUAAACCCUUAGCGUGCAGGAGUCCUUACUGAACUCACCCCAUCAGUCCUCUGUGUGUGUUUCUAGCUCAGUGUUCAGAUCAUUCCAGCUGACUGCGAGUUGGGUUUGUUUGGAUGGAUGUGCCACUGCCUUCAUAGCGACUGGGCCCGUUAAAGCUGCAGGCGAGAUGUUCAUGUAAAGAGGUAUCAGUCAGAGAGUCCCCUCUCUGCUUGUGUACAUACCACAACACUGGCCCAAAUGAAAUGUUAGUCUCAGGCGUGGUCACAGCAGUGAGGUCCUAAACAACAAACUCAGUGAAAGCACUGUUUAAUGCGCAGUAAGUCAUUUCUGCCGCUAGCGGUCUCUCACAUCAAAACAAUACAAAAGAGGUAGUUUGAUGAUGUCAUGGAGUAGCGUGGGAUCAUGGGAGUUGUUGUCUUCACUGUUAAACAACCUCUGACAUGACUGACAUGAUCACUUUCACAGACGAGGUAAUGUAUGAAAGUUUAAUCCAUAUUACGUUUAGUCACGUUUGCUGACUUCCUUGCUCACUCUCUAAUGUAUCCCAUGUUUCCCCCGGGAGGUUAUAGCAGCUAGACGUGUUAAAGGGGAUAUGAGGCCAUUGCGAGGUGGCUGAAUAAAACACACAACGUUAGCUAGCAUACAAUUAAGGUUUUCUCUCUGGGUUUGAACAUUGGGUUUGUUGUGGAAUAAUGUACACAAUUCAAAAAAAGAUAUAACACAGGUCUAGUACUUUUGAGACAUUUUAAUGUGGAAAUGUUGCAUAUUAUGCAUUUAAUUCCACCAUCUGCUCCUACUAAUCAUUAAUGCUGCAUUGCAGAGAUGUUGACAAGUGAGAAAUAGCAACUUUCUACAAGGAACAGUGUAAUGGAACUGGCCCUUCACAUUGGAAUUAAGUAGGAAAGUCAAUAGAUGCAAAUAUCUAAUGUCAAUAUUAGAGCCCUGACUGACCAAUACUGGACUUUUGAGACCAGUAUCAUUAUUUGUCUUGAAAAUGUGAUGAUUAUAUACAUAUUUGUUAAAUGUUAGUUUUGUUUUUUUACAUAAAAACGUAGCAUGAAUGUAACAUUGUUUUUGAUAAAGAUCCUUUACAUUUAUUUGUUAAAGAAUUGUGACCCAAAUUUUACAGUUGAAAAGUAAUCUUCUGCAGAAGUACCAACUAUAAACAACAACAAAUAUCACAAAGAAAUAUUAGAGAUGAGGUAAGAAAAAUAAAAUAAAAUUUAUUUAAAUAAGAGCUAUAGUAAAUUAUAUAGAACUAUAAUGAACAUAAUUCAAGCCUGAAUUAUGAACAUUAAAGCUGUAAUAGUCAAUAUUUUUAUAUCAACGAGGGAUCAAAUGAUUACGUGUAAAACGAAAGGUGUCACUCAUAGUUAGCAGCCAUCUCUGCACCUCAACAGAGCAUUUUAAUGCCAUUCAGCCCAUCGCAACUUUAAUGUCCCACCUCUCUCAUCAGACUCAUUUCUAGCAACAGCAGGCAGCUGUUUUUAGUGAAAAAGUCCUGAUAAACCUGCAGUACACCACCUGUGCAGCACCAAAUGGCAGAAUGACAAAGUUAGCGGCUAGCUGGUGAACAUAGAGGAUAAUUUAGCAGCUAAAGAGCUGAAUGAAUGAGGCCAGCGCUGUGUUUUCAGAUGGUUAGGCUGCUCUCAAGCGGCCAAACAAAUUACUGUAGGUUUAACACUACCCAAACACAUCUUUACUUGUUCUUGUUACUAAUCAGCCAACAAUUGUAAUAAUUGUAAGCUGUUAUUACUGCUGUGUUUAGGGCACUGCUUAUUUAUUUAUUUAAUGAAUUAGUUAUUUACUUGUUUAAUUUAUUUGCCUUAAGUUAUUAUUAUCAUGUCGUUUAACUAAAUCGAAAUAAGCCAUACGUAAAUUCAUUAUCCGAGUUCAAUGGCAAUCAAGAUCUCAUUUUGUCAUUCAUUUGACAUGUAUCAUUAUAUUUGUGAUGAGCUAAAGUUGGCAGAUGACAGCAGCCCGGCCAAUGUAUGUAAAUGUCAAAUCUACUCACCGUUACUUUUUAUGUCUCUAAUUCCCUAAAAGUAAAUCUUUUGUCAUUUUCAUUAUUUUGUCAAUAGUCUGUACUGCGAGUAGCCAACUAAUGCUGCCAAAUAUCACUGACACAAAAUUAGCUGUCCCAUGUGGAAGGAAGGAUAAUUUGCCCCUGGAUGAAAUGCAGUGAAAUUAGAGAAAGAACUAGGUCUAGGGGUGAUGUCGCACUACAUAAAUCCCGCCUCGUUUGCAGCACUUGGGGCCACCGAAUUGUGAAGUUGCCUGGUGCAACUUUAGGAUAAAAGGAAAAAGAGAGGUGAAUGCAUUUGGCAGUGUCACAUCUGACGUAAUCAGAAAACCCAGUCCAAGGUUUCUUCACCUUGAAGUGAAAGGGCAUUAAUCUCUGGCUGUAGCCAUCCAAAAUCCAGUCUGUCUGUAAUGUUGGAAAGUGAAAAAUCCAUUAAUAACAGAAAGUUUAGUUACAUGUGACAGGUGUAGUGGUGUCUGCCACAGAUAAAAUCAAGGUUAGGUGUAAGUCACAAACACUGGGAAGUUUCCUCCUCUAACCUAAUGAGCCUUUGACAGCUGUCCUGUGGGUGUAACUGGGAGAACCUACUGUAUGUGUAUACUGUAUCUAUAUGUUCAUGUAAAGAUCUCAUAUGUUGUUUAAGAGUUUUCCUCAUCCUCUGUGACACCUAGUCUUGUGAUGUCACCUCCCUCCUUGCACCCCCCCCCUUUACCCCCCUGGAACCUUUGGUGGAUUUUGCAUUGGCCCGAGCCCUAAUGUUGUCCUAACGUUUGUUUUAGAAGAGGAGGACAGUGAAGUUAACAUGGAAACCUUGUAAAAUGUGUAAAAGUAAUUUUAUUUUUCUUAGUUUUUUUUUUCUUCUCUGGACUCUUUGGUCUGUUUUCCUUUGGAAUGGUCACUACAGCACUUUCUGUAAAUUGGCCAAUAAAAACUUGUUUUGGAAUCUA